GAAAUAUUUUGUACCAUUAAAGCAACCACAUAAUAUUUUGUUGUACUUUUAAUUAGGAGUUCCUCAUUAAACUGUGAAAAGAUGAUUGAACUACUGACCUCACAUCUAACAUCAUCCCAUAACCUACAGUUGCUAUGUUUGUUUGGUAUUGAAGGAAUUCUAAAGGAGGAUCUCAUCUCGUCAGACGUGGCACUUAGUCUUCUCAGCUCUCACCUUACAUCAUUGCAAGAUAGUCAGGAUAAAGCAGUCAGGGCAAAGUCACUCAAGAUUUUACGGCAGUUGGAGAGGCUUGAAGCAGACACUAGUCUAGAUCAGCCAUUGAUGCCUGAGAGGCAGCUGAAGCCCCAAUCAGUAUUUGAAGUUGAUGGUCAGGAUAUACCAGGACCCUUGGUUAGCACAACUCCAAUGAAAGCUGCUGUUUCAAGAGAAACACCCUCUGCUAUGAUAGUUGGCAAUUCAAAAGCAUCUGGUAGUUCUUUGUUCAGCGGUAUGACUGUAGCGACCAGACUCCAAGUAAGUCCUGAAGAUCAGGUAUCAACAGGGAUGUCUUCAAGUGCUUCCUGUAGGACCAAGGAUUCUGAAAGGGAUCCAGUUGCUGAUUUGUUGAUAGACAACCAGUUCAUGUCAGAAUCAGGCGCUUCAGAAGCAAACCUACUUCUUUCAGAUGCUAAGGCAAAUUUAGUAUCAAAUAAUGUAACUUAUGAAGACAGUACUCUGAUGAGUUCACCUGUAACUCAUGGUGUCAUUCCUGUAAACCCUGUCGGAGCAUCAGAACUUCAAGACGUUGUUGAUCGAGAGGCCACCCAGCACAGAAGUGUGGAUCCCAUAAUGUCCAGAGAGGCAGGAUUUGCAGACCUCUGGAAAACAGUGUCCCCAAAGAAAGCGUCUUCUAACCCGAAGCCUUCAUCAGAACAAGUUCUUUCAAAGCAAAGUACGGUAUCCCCUCAAGUUGAUGUGCCUUCUCAAGGACAUCCCGGCAGUGCAUUUCAACAGCCAGUCAUGACCGCCCAGCAUAUUUCUCAGAUGUACCCACAGCUGUCAUCUGUCAUGUUGAGUGGGACUUCCUCUGUGCCAAUCAAUCUUGCCAAGAAGCCAACGACAGGCUUUGGGUUCGUUUUGGACACUGAUGAUGAGCAGCAGAAAGCUGGAACAAGUAGAGAUGCCUUUAGUUUCAUCCAAGAUGCAAUGAAAAAUAGUAAAUCAUGAUAAGAAGGAAAUAACCUUCCAGAAUGGUAUUUCAUGGCAAUGUUUCUACCAGUACAGAUUAUUGAUAUUGUUCUAGGCUUCUUGCAUGGGUGUAAGAAGCCCGUUACAUAUAAAUAGUUAAUCAAAUGCAUUCCCCCUAAUGAAACACAACUCAACACCUGGCCAAGUGAAUCCAUUUGUUAAUGAAUGCAUUUAAUUCCAAGAGUUACCUUUAAUCUAAAUUUUCUGUUCUACUGUAUACUGGGUGUUUACAAAAUUGGGGGGGGGACACAAUAUCAAUAUCCCUCCUAGUAUUUGUGGUCUUUAUGAUGAAAUAUGAAAUACAUCAUUCAAAAUCGAAAUAAAACAUGUAUUUUAGGAUGAGAUGACCUUACUUUUGGA